AUGCGGGUAUUCGCCAUGGAUUCCGGCUUCUUCCUGGUCCGCCCCACUGCUCCCGCUUUAGAGCUCUUUGAUCGGGUGGCGGCUCGGCUGGGAGCGGCAUCGAGAGGAGGGGGCGGGAUUUCGGGGCUGGUGAGCCCUCUGGUGGUGUUUAAUGAGGAGAUGUUCUACCCCUCGCGGCCGGACUACAAGGGCGUGUUCAUCUCCCGGCGUGUGCUGGACAUCCAUCGGUUUAUCAACUCUAAGGUACUGUUCAAGGAGCUCAAGCGGGACUAUGGCAGGCUGCAGUCUUUGGCGAAAGUUGAUGCGGAGCAAAGCGCGGCAUUCGAGGCGUGGUGGAACGUUUUCGUGGUGGGACCGCACGUGCAAGGUGGGGAGAAGGGUACUGCAGUAGCUGAUGUGGCUGGUGAUGCGGCGGAGGCGGAGAGUUCUAAGGGAAAUCGACGAGCAGCAGCAGAAACAGAUGAUGAUGAGGAAGAUGAAGAAGCAGCAGCAGCAUCAGAAACAGAUGAUGAUGAGGAAGAUGAAGAAGCAGCAGCAGCAGCAGCAUCAGAAACAGAUGAUGAUGAGGAAGAUGAAGAAGAAGCAGCAGCAGCAGCAGCAGCAGCAGCAGCAGCAGCAGCAGCAGCAGCAGCAGCAGAAACAGAUGGUGAUGAGGAAGAUGAAGAAGCAGCAGCAGCAGCAGCAGCAGCAGCAGCAGAAACAGAUGAUGAUGAGGAAGAUGAAGAAGCAGCAGCAGCAGCAGCAGCAGCAGCAGCAGCAGCAGCAGCAGCAGCAGCAGAAACAGAUGAUGAUGAGGAAGAUGAAGAAGCAGCAGCAGCAGCAGCAGCAGCAGAAACAGAUGAUGAUGAGGAAGAUGAAGAAGCAGCAGCAGCGGUAGCAGGAGGAGGAGAUGAGGAGUCUGCCAGUGGUUCUUCACCUGAGGCUUCCGACAGAGAUGUGGGGUCCGUGGGAGAGCAGCGGAGGGGAAAGAGGAAGUCUGCAGAGGAAUCAAGAGAUGAGAAAAGGAUGAAAAGGCGUAGCAAGGGGUGA